AUGAGUCAAUUAUGGAAUCAACUUGAUGAUCAGCAAAUAGCAGAAACAAUUCGAGAUAGUAGAGCAAAUCAACUACAAUCUUGUAGACAACGUAUUGCAUUAUUUAAAGGAUUACAAACAGAGAUUUUUGAAGAAAGAAUAUUAGCUCUUGAAAAGAUUAUUCAAGUUGUAAAGUCUUAUAUUCGUAGUAGUAGUAAUAGUAAUAAUAACAGUCAUACUUCACCUUCUUCUUCACCUAAUUUAAUUGAUACUAGUAUAACAACAAUGACAACAAACGUAUUACAACAAGAAGAGGUAGAAGAAGAUGUAGUAAUAGGAGAUGAAGAUGAAAAUAAUUCAGACUAUUAUAAUGAACAAUUAUUUUAUUAUUUAUUAACCAUCUUAAGAUUGUCAGUGACUUGUCCUUAUUCUGAUGUUAGACAAUCAUGUAAGGAUUUCUUAUCUAGUUUAAAAAAAUCAUCUACUGCUAAUAAUAAUAAUAAUAAUAAUGUCCCUAUACCUGAACCAACAUACAAUUCACCUUCUCACUUUAUUUCACUUCAUGAUAUAUUCUCACUCGAAUCAAAUUCAUCUUCCUCCAAUCAACAACAAGCUGUACUUUAUCCACGUUCUACUAAUUUAUCUCUUUCACCUUGGUCCACUUAUUUACAUCAUAAUACCUCACAACAAUCAUUCAAUAGUAUACCGUCUAUCAUAAGCGAUUAUACAGGUGGAAGAUGUUCAGACGAAUAUGUAAGACAAAUGAUGAUCAAGACAUUCAUUGAUGAGGGUCGCUUAGCGAAUUCUUUUCGAAUCUUAACUUUCUUUCCUACCUUUUUUGAAAUUUAUCACAUCACAUUUACGAAAAUUAUCAAACAACCUAUUGGUCCCUUAAAACGGACAUGGAAAUCCUAUUUAGGUAUCAUGGUCGCCUCCGAACAACAGUGCCAAUAUCUUGUCUCUACUAUGAAGAUGGAUUUUCUCUAUAAUGGAGGUGACCCGAAUUGGUUACUAGGACUUGAUUAUGUACCUAACAAAUUACGAACUAUCUCACGUCUUGUUCUGAAAUUAUCCCGACAACCAUGGAGAGUGAAUUCAGAUGAUAUUCAACAACUCAUGAUCAUGAAUGGUGGCGGGACACCAUUUGGAGCAGACAUCACUUGGACUCGAGGAGAACUUGUACAGGCUACUGUCAUUAUUGCCACCUUUUUAGGAUUAUCUAGUUUUAUCUUGGGAUGUGGUAUUACGCCUGAGAUUGACAUGACAGGUGGAUUUCUUAUCAUGUCUGGAAAACAACAACAACAACCUAUCGAAAGCGAAUUAGAUUUACCUACUGUUUAUUUUAAUCAAUCGAUGGAAAACGUCGUAGAAGAUGAUCGGUUUCAUACAGAUCAUGGCAUAGGUUUAGGUGUCUCUGGUGUGAUGAUAGAAAAGUCAACUGAGGAAUUAAUUCAGAAAUUAAAAAUAAAAAAGAAUGAGGAAAGAGAAGAGAGGACUUCUAAAGUAAUGAUAGAUAACAGUCGUCAUCCUCCUCCUUUAUCUACAACAGAGGAACAUUAUAAUAAUAGAGAGAAUUUAAUUUUUGAAAAUUUAUCAAGAUUUAUUGAUUUACAAUCAAGUCAAGAGAUUCACUUGGAAAGAUUUGAAAAGUAUCAUACAGAAUAUAAUGAAUUACUGCUUGGUGAAUAUUGCUUUGAAGAUCAUGGAUGUGAUUUGGUCAAUCAUUAUUUACCUGGUAUAGGGGAUGACUUGGUAGCUGAAUUUAAUGAAGCCAUCAGUAUUACGGAUUGGAGUAUAUUUCAUCCUGUAGCAGAAGAAGUGGUGGACACAUCUCCACUUAGAAAUGCUAUUUGGUAUUAUACACAGAAAAUACUGGGGGUCAUUAAAGAGGAUUAUACUUAUGAUGAUAUUCAUACUUACUUGAAUGAUCGUACUACACAAUACAUUGAUGAUCUUUGUAUGUCUCCUUAUAAAAUACAAAUGGAUGAUUGGUGUAAUAUUGGAAUCUCUCUUCGACCCGAAGAGAAAUGUCAUGUUAAUCUUUUGAUUGCAUCUGCUCGAAAGCAAGCUGUUCUUUGUUAUAGUUUAUACUUAAUAUCUGAAAAUUAAUUGUAUUAUAUAUAAAAUAAAUUACUACUCCACUAUUCUAAUAAUGCCUUCAGCAAG